ACAUCGAAGAGACGGAGGAAAACAAAGAAUAAGCGAAAAUGACGGACGGCAAUUAUCAAUGCGGUGAAAUGGACUGGCCGUGUCGAGGUUCGCUCGCACGGCAUAAACGACAGCAUGCAAGAUGCUGUUCAACCGCGCGCUGGUCCCGAAAAGCCGCCCACCUCUACUCCGUACUGGGUAGGGCGGAUGUGCUUUCUGUGGUGGCCCAGUCCGUCUAGCUGCCCACCCGGCGCUGUGGCGAGUCAUCACGAACCCGUCGGCGAUCUCUGCUAGCCAGUGACGGUGCAGCCUAGAGCGCAGUGUGCGU